AUGAUUUCAUGUAAUAAGGCCGACUUAGUCCUACUCGGCUGGGUGAUUUUCACUCAACUGUGGUGUGCGUUAACGCAAUCGGCUAUGUACACCGAUGAGGAUUUCUUGAAACGGCACAAUAACUAUCGACAAAUGCUUCUGGAUGGCAAGGUCCCAAACCAACCAAUACCAAAAUACCUACCACUUCUUCGUUGGAAUCCAAACCUCAAGGAGAGUGCUCGACAAUGGGCUGAGCGUUGUGUGUUUGCUCACGAAGGCGGUACUGGUCAGGGCGAAAAUUUGGCGGCAGCAAUGGGAUAUUUACCCGAUCCUGUCGAAAGGUGGUUCAAUGAACAUCAGCACUACAAAUUCGGCCCCAUAAUAGCCAACGAACCCGUCCCAGUUGGGCACUAUACCCAGAUUGUGGCAGCGCGAACAACGGAUUUAGGUUGCUACAUGCGUGUGUGCCCCGAGCUCCGCAUUACUGGCAGUGUGAAGUGGCUCAAUGCUUAUUUCACAACUCAAACACGACAAACACAACGAUCACGCCGACCACCACCACCACCACCACCGCCACGACAACAACAACAACAACAACAACAACAACAACAACAACAACAACAACAACAACAACAACAACAACAACAACAACAACAACAACAACAACAACAACAACAACAACAACAACAACAACAACAACAACAACAACAACAACAACAACAACAACAACAACAACAACAACAACAACAACAACAACAACAACAACAACAACAACAACAACCACUGGAAAGUCGACCACAACGACGCAAACCACCAAGGCGACCAUCACGACUCCGAUAA